AUGAGCCGCCACCCUGCGCUAUUCGGAAAUAGGUUAGAUCCGCAUACAUUAGAAGUAUUUCAACUCUGGUGUCGACAAUUUCCAUCAAAUGAACCGGACACAAAUGAUGAAAGUGAAGAGGAACAAGACGAAGAAGAAGAAGAAGAAGACGUUGAAGUUGAAGAUAUUGAUAAAGAAUGUCAAGAUGUAGUUGAAAAACUUCUGGUAAGUUUUCUUGAACAUUUACACGAUAAAUAUAAUCAUAAUUGCAUUUGCAGCAAGAUGUUGGAGAAUAUGAACAAGAGGAACAAGAAGAUGUUGAAGUUGAAGAUAUUGAUAAAGAAUGUCAAGAUGUAGUUGAAAAACUUCUGGUAAGUUUUCUUGAACAUUUACACUAUCAAUAUAAUCACAAUUGCAUUUGCAGCAAGAUGUUGGAGAAUAUGAAGAAGAGGUACAAUUCAAAAAUAUAAUUGAGAAGCAAUGUUCUACGAAAGCAGAAGAAGAAUUGUUAAACUUAUCAUACGAUGAAAGUCAAAUACUUGAUGAUGAGGAAGACGAAGACGAAGAGGAUGAGGAUGAGGACGAGGAUGAUGAUAGAAUGCCAACUGCUUCGACAACCGAGCCAUUGGCUAUGGUUCUCUGUGAAUUUAACCAAAAUAAAGAUAAAUUCACAUUCAGCAGAAUUGCUGGUGAAUCAACACCGGUCAGAUUUUUCUGUGAUGAUUGAAACGUAUAAUUACACGUUUUUGAUUGCUUACAGGUUGUUUCAUCGGAAUCGAAUAUCGCCUUUUCGAACCUCUUCAACAAUAUUUCCUGUGCAUCAGUUCCACAGAUUUUCGGGCGAAGAAUCAGUUCGGCAGAAACCCAAAAUGGUUUCGAAGUCGAUGAUGCAUCUUCGCAAUCCUCGAAUCCUAUAAUGCAAGAUUGUCAAGUUGAAACAGAGUUUUUUGGAAGAUCCAUUGAAGUUCAAACCGAAUCAAACACAACAGAUGAAAUAUCAUCUCAAACAGAUGGAACGAUUUUGAUUUCUAGACAAGUUCAAACUGACUCAAUCAAUAUCGCAAUCUCUGAUGUUCAAACCGAUAAAAUCGAAAAAGAUUGCGCAACUUCAACGGAAAAUACUGAUUAUUGUGGUCCGGUUGUGAAAGUGGUAUGUUCAAUUUCUCGUUUCAUUUUCAUGAAAAUAUAUAAAAUCUUUCAGUUCACUGAAUUUGUUGAUGUUCUGAAGACAAAGUUGUUUGAUGAAGGAUUGCUUGAGAUUAAAAAGGAGCUUGCUGAAAAUAAAGCAACUAUUGGUAAUUUUUAAAUCGAAACAAUUAUGCUCACAAUAUAUAUAUUUCCAGAAACAUUGAAGAAGCAAAUAUCAGAAAUGCCAAAGAUCCAAGCAAUUUCUGGUGAAGAAGAUAAGGUGGAAGAAGAGGACGAGGAUACUCAAGAAGAAUUUGAUUUUGGAAACAUGCCAAGCGUGGAAAAAUUCAAUAAAAUGAAGAUAUAUUUUGAAAAAUAUUAUCAAGAAAAUCUCAAAGGUUGGUUUCCAAAUUCUGGUUCUUUGUUAUUCAAAUUUUGAAAUUUACAGGAAAAUCACCUGAACCUUCUGAAAGACUUCGUCAAUUAUCAUUCAGAGCCGGAAAACGUGCGAUUGUUGAUGACAGCUCAAUUAUCAAUAAAAGUUGGUUAUUUCCUUUAUUUCAGCGAAAAAAAUGUCUUGAAUAAUUGUAAUUUUUAGAGAUGAGAAAAGCGACAGAGAAGGAAGCUGAAACUUUGGAAAAUCCUGAACAAGAUGAAAAUCAGAACGAGAAAGGUGAAUAUUUUGAUUUGGAAAAAUUAAAAUGAAAACGUGAAAAUUAAUUUUGGACGUGAACUUUCACGUGGCGAAUAGAAAUUUCAUUUCAAACUUUAAGAUAAAAGAUGAAAAUUAAAUUCACUACGGAUUUUUCAUGAAGUUUCAGAAAAAAAUCAUGAAAAUGUAAAAACUUCUUGAAAAAUCGGAAAUUUCCAGAAAAAGGACAAAGAUGCAUCAAAAAAGUCACCAUCGAAUCAGAAGCAUCGACAAGCUCAGCUGAAGCUCAACCAAUUUUGGAUGCCAAUUCAAACGAAACUCAAGACGCCACCACCUCAUCACUUUUCGCGCCAAAACAACAACAACAAAAGACGCGCAAAAAUUCAAGAAAAUAA